AUGAGAAAUCCAACUUUAUUACACCCCCUCUUUCCCUCUCUCUUUCACUCAUUCUUUCUCGCUGUGUCUUUCUCUGUUUCUCACUCUCAUUUUCUUUCUCUCUUUUUCUCUCCAUUUCUCCCUGCCUCUUUCUCUUCCUUUCUCACUCUCUAUCUCUUUCUUACUCUCCGUUUUUCUUUCUCUUUCUCUCAUUCUCAUUUUCCUCUUCUUUCUCUCCUUUUUAUUCUUUCUUUUUCUCUCUGUAUCUUUCCCUCUCUUUCUUUCCCUCUCUCUAUUUCUUUCUUACCUUCUCUCUCUCUCUCUCUCUCUUUAUUUUUCUCUAUGCGUAGAUUUUCUUCUUCUUCUUCUUCUUCUUCUUCUUCUUCUUCUUCUUCUUCUUCUUCUUCUUCUUAUUAUUAUUAUUAUUAUUAUUAUUAUUAUCUUUGGCUGUCUGUUUUGUCGUCCUGGCGUUUCUUUUUUAUAUUCUAUACAAAUCUAUCUAUCUAUCUAUCUAUCUAUCUAUCUAUCUAUCUAUCUAUCUAUUCCAAUCUCCUCUUCAUUAUCUAUACCAGUCUCUUUCUCUCUAAUUUCCAACCUAUGUUAAUCUCUCCAUUUUGUUUUUUUAGUAUAUCUAUCUAUCUAUCUAUCUAUCUAUCUAUCUAUCUAUAA